UGACGUUAGUGUUUCUGCAGGUGCUAGACGCGGUGGUGUGUUGCGUAAUAGGAGCCUAAAAUACACUUUUAAAGAUGGCUUCAGCUACAGCUACCUAUGGACAGAAGGAGUCCUCAGACCAGAACUUUGACUACAUGUUCAAGAUCCUCAUCAUUGGAAACAGCAGUGUGGGCAAGACCAGCUUUCUGUUCCGCUACGCAGAUGACUCCUUCACGCCGGCCUUCGUCAGCACGGUGGGCAUUGACUUCAAGGUGAAGACCAUCUACAGGAACGACAAGAGGAUCAAGUUACAGAUCUGGGAUACGGCAGGGCAGGAGAGGUACAGGACUAUCACCACCGCUUACUACCGCGGUGCCAUGGGCUUCAUCCUCAUGUAUGACAUCACCAAUGAGGAGUCCUUUAACGCUGUGCAGGACUGGUCGACCCAGAUUAAGACGUACUCGUGGGACAACGCCCAGGUCCUGCUGGUAGGCAACAAGUGUGACAUGGAGGACGAGAGGGUGGUGGCAGGAGACAGGGGCAGGCAGCUUUCUGAACACCUGGGGUUCGAGUUCUUUGAGGCCAGUGCCAAGGACAACAUCAAUGUGAAACAGACAUUCGAGCGGCUGGUGGACAUAAUCUGCGAAAAGAUGUCUGAGAGCUUGGAUGCCGCCGACCCAGCAGUUACAGGGGCUAAACAGGGCCCCCAGCUCACCGAGCAGCCCACACCCCCCCACCAGGACUGUGCAUGCUAAAGCUGAGCGACCCUCCCCCCACCCCAUCCCACCAUCAACCCAUCCUCAGGUCCCCUUACAACCCCACCUCACCCUCACAACCCCCUACCCCCCGAAUCAAUGAAUCACUCCAUAUGGGUGAAUAGGUGAUGUUCACUCUGUUUCUCCCAUGAUCCUCGUGUCCUCUGCUCCCUUUACUCGGGUCCUCACUGUGGUCUUAAAUUCUGAACUUGAAGGUCUCUAUCCUGUCUGCCCCAAAUCUUCAUCAUUGUUUACCUUUUUUUCUCAGAUGAAUGGUUUUCUGAUAUAAGCCUUUGUUAGAGACUGAUGAAAUUCCAUAUUAAAGUAUGUGUUAUCAUAAACAGGUCAAUACUUUGGAAAUAGAGGGUUGAUAUUGAAGCCUAGUGCAUAUAUACUGGUCUAAGUCCCCUGUCUCUGUGUGAAAUAUAAGCAAACAUAUAUUGGAUCGCAUCAGUCACUGGUAUAGCAUCAUUCCAGUCUCAUAUUUUUGUCCAAUCAGCCUUUUUUGUCUUUAACUUACUUUUUGUAUACUGGUACCUCUUUCUUUUUUAAAGCUUUUCGCGUAUAAAAAAAAAAAUGUAAGGAAAAUACAAACAAAUUAUAGAUAGGUAAAAAGAAACAGAAACACUUAUUUACAUAUGUUUGGUUUAAAUGUGUAUGUAAAUAAUGUGCAGUAUAUAAUAUCUAAAGGUAUACAUUUAAAAAAAUAGAUUUUUUUUAAAGCAUAAAGAAAAGAUAUAUGAAGAUAUAUGCAAUAUGAGAGAUCAAUGUUGUAGACUUUCUCUGAAUCAAUUUAUUUAUGGUUUCAUUAAUCUCAUUGUCAUCCGCUAUGCCCAUUUAGACUAAACUUCUUUGCUCCUACUACCGCUCUCAGGUACUUGCAAAUACACUCAUUAAGAGCUGUUAAGAUGAAUGCUAGUUUGCAUGGAAAGAGGCAGAAGCCAUGGAACCAGAGCACAGCUGAAGUAUAUCAGCAUUGCUCACCUUUUACAUCCAUUUCAAUUAUCUUAUUUUGUAUUUUUGUGAGAAAUAAUUAAUUACAAUGUGCAUGUUAUAUCAGAGGCAAUACUUGGCCGCUUAUGACUUGAAAUAGGAUACAUGAGACUGCACAAGUGAGAUUAAACAAACAAUAACAUAGGUACUUUUUAAAAUGUUUUGUUCAGUUUUGGCGAAGGCUGUUUUUGGACCACAGCUUGUAAGUACGUAAAGGUAGAUAUGACGUAGGUGCACAAAGUAAACAGUGUCAUUUUCCGCAACAACUUCAAGAGCGAUGCUAAACUUCUCUACCACGCUCAAACAGCGUUACGCGAACCCAUAUGCAGACACUGUGUGACUGUGUGGGAGUGAAGUCUGGCAUCUCACUCAUCGCAAUAUCUGCGGUGCUGCUCGUGGCAAUAUCAUUUAGCUGAGUCUACCUUUAAUGCACUCAAGCCUAAGCAUAUGCAACAAAGAGUUUAUGGGUUUGUAGUGAGUGUGUGAUUGGAACAAUCUGCAGUAAAAAGUGUGUAAAAAGUAAACCCUAACCCUUAUGAGACUGUUUGAGCGCAAUUUAGUCAACCGUUUCAUUUAGGAACGAAAAACCUGAAUGACCUUUUGCCUCUUGUUUUUGAAUUGAUAUUCAGUCCAAGGUCUCAAUCCAGGCAAAUUUUUAUUCAAAUAAGAGAAUAUAUUAUUACUAAUUGUAAGUGAUUGAAACCACUAUCUCCCUUUAGCGUUUCGUGAUGUUUACGAGUCAACUUUUCUAUGUUGUUGACAAAUGGCUGUCUUUACUAGCGAGUGAAUGAGUGCGAAACAGUCAUGCAAAUAGAUCAAAGUCAUUCAAGCAUCCUCAAUUGAUGAAAAGGUCAAAUGUAUACUUCACUGAGUCGCACCAACGUUUUGAUGUGGGACGAUAAUGAUAAUGUGUAACAAUAAUAUUAGAAUAAUACUACUGUAGUAACAAUAACAACAAUAUUUGAUCAUCUUGAACUUGAGUACCUUGCAAUCCAGCAUACAUUUUCAACAUUAUUUUGCUCUACUAUAUUCUGGCUGUGAGUCUGCCAUCUCAGUAGUAUCCAGAGAUCCCCCCUUUGUAAACUGUCCUCCUCCUCUCCAACACGGUCUUCCUUUCUAUGAAAUAAACUCUAAAUGCAUUUUAGUCAUAUGUUUCAUGUGUGGAUUGUGUGUUGUAUUGACUCAGGCUUGCAAAAAAUGACAAAAUCUGAAACUUGUAUUUUAUCUGCAUUUGUUCUAGGUCUGCUUGUGAAUGUGUCACUUUCAUUAAUGAAAAGCAAUAUGCAGUACAACUGAACACCAUUUCAAACAUAGGUGUCGGGUAAGUUUGUCAAUGCUGCUAUUUAUAGGUAGUAUAGAACUGAAUCCGGAAAGAUGUAAAAAGAGGGAAUAAUAAUGUUGAACUGAUUUGUUAGGUUACAUACAACAAAGUUGUUACUGUCAAAAAACAUUUACACAAAUAUACUGGUGGUUUUAAAACUCUUGUACACUUGGUGGAUUUGUAGUGAGAAUGUUAGAUUCUUGGAUGGCACCAAAGCUUGGGAGAAAAAGAAACAUUUGACUUGAGUGUAAAUUUAGAAGAGUACUAUAAGAGUAUUUUUGAGCUUAUGUUUUUAUUACAUUGCUGUGCUACGAAGGCAACCUCGUGUUUCAAGGCAUCCAAUAAGGUUUGUGCUGUCAGGAAGGUAUUGCAAUUUUUCAAAAAGACCGAAAGCGUUGCUUGUUUUUUAAAUUUUAUUUUUAUUGUGCAUCCACCGAAUACUGUUCUGCAAAGUACUGUUGACUUGGUUUACAUAGAUUUUUACUUUGUAUUUCUAUUAUGGGAAUAGAACAACUAAUGUUAUAACAAUAAGGGAAUAUGGUGUCAAAAUGUUAAAUUGUGAACAUUACCAAAUCUGCUGUACAUGUUGUGGAAUUAAAAGUUUGUGCUGUUACAAUA